CUCAAGAGACGUUGCAGCCAAGAUCGCAUCAGGGAUAUUUCUACGAGAAUCUCUCUCCAAAUCAACACCAAGGGAACCUGGUUUCAGACAGGAAACUGAUUGUUGGCUGUCAGGAAAUGAUGAACCCAAGUGGUCAAGAGUCCCCUGAGCGGCUAGCAGAAGCUGUUAAGAAAGAAGGCAGUAAGAUUGAAGGACAUCCAGGUAUCCUGGAAGUUUACAAUCUUCCUCUGAAACCCCAUCCAAUGAAUGUAGAGGAAUGCAUGCGCUUCACAUUUGGAAAAGACUCAAAUAGUAAACGGAACCGCACCAUCAUGGUUCUAGGAGCCACUGGGGCGGGGAAGUCCACCCUGGUCAACGGGAUGAUCAACUACAUCCUGGGGGUCACAUGGGACGAUACCUUUAGAUUCAAGUUGGUAAACGAAGGCACGGCCAAGUCUCAGGCUCACAGCCAGACCUCUGAAGUCACCGUGUACAAGCUCAACCACCGAGAGGGCUUCCAGAUCGACUACUCCCUGACUAUUGUGGACACGCCGGGUUUCGGAGACACAAGAGGCAUAGAGAGAGACAAGAAGAUUAUAAGUCAGCUAGAAACGCUUUUCUCAGCUAAACUUGGUGUCAGCGAUAUUGAUGCCAUCUGCUUCGUGGCCCAAGCGUCGCUCGCUCGGCUAACGCCCACACAGAAAUAUGUCUUUGACUCGGUGCUCUCCAUAUUUGGGAAAGAUGUGGCAGAUAACAUCCGGAUUUUGGUGACAUUUUCAGAUGGCCAACACUGUCAGAUUCUCGAUGCAAUCAACGAGUCUGGGGUCCCAUGUCCUAAAAGGAAAGAUGGUUUACCAAUUCACUUCAAAUUCAAUAACUCUGCCUUGUUUGCUGACAACAAGGUACCCGAUGCGAAAGGUGAGGCCGACAAUGAUGAUGAUGAGGAUGAGGAUGAUGAUGAGGAGGAUGAGGAUGAGGAUGAGGAUGAGGAUGAUGAGGAUGAGGAUGAGGAUGAUGAGGAUGAGGAUGAGGAUGAGGAUGAUGAUGAGGAUGAGGAUGAGGAUGAGGAUGAUGGAGAUGUCGUGGGGGAAUUUGAUAAAAGGUUUUGGGCCAUGGGAACCAACAGCAUGAAAAAAUUCUUUUCUGCUCUGAAUGUCAUUGAGACCAAGAGCUUGACCUUAACCCAGGAGGUGCUCAGACAGAGAGCUCAGCUGGAGACUUGCAUUGAGAAUCUCCAGAUUAAGAUGAAAUUGGGUUUAGAUAAACUUGAGGAGAUUAAACAAGAAUCUCAAAUUCUCCAAAAACACGAGGCGGUGAUCACAGUCAAUGCAAACUUUCAGUAUGAGAUCAGCAUCAAGAAACCUGUUCAGUUUGACAUUUCCAACACAGGAAAAUACAUCACUAACUGUCAGCAAUGUCAAACGACUUGCCACUUUCCCUGCGCCAUACCAAACGAUGCUAACAAGAGGAAGUGUGCUGCCAUUGGACCAGACGGCAACUGCAAACAAUGCAAGAACAAGUGCCCUUGGAAUGUGCAUUUCAACCAGAAGUACAAAUGGGUUUACAACCAGGUUACCGAGAAACGAAACUAUCAAGAUCUGAAAGACAAGUAUCAGAACGCAGAGAAAGAUAUCAAAUCGGUUAAUGACAUCAUCCGACAGAUGAAGAAGGAGCACGCCAGCCUAGAGGAAGAUGUGUUGAUACUCAUGGAUGACUCAGUUCAGUGUCUCAACACCCUGAAGGAGAUCGCUCUGAAGCCCAAUCCACUGUCAACACUUGAAUACAUUGACCUGCUGAUAGAGGGAGAGAAGUCAGAGGGCCAGACUGGCUUCCAGGAGCGCAUCACAAAGCUCCAGGGAAUGAGAAAGAUGUGGGAAUUAAAAGAGAAGCUUGCCAAAGGAAGGAUCUAGAUGUGGGGGCAGGAUAGUCCAGUGGUUUGUGCUCUACCUGUGCUUUAUAUAUUAAUGCUUGAUCUUAUAUGUAAUAACAAGAAUGCUGUUAAUGAGAACAGAGUAAUGAUACUGCUACAAAAUAAUACAUGUUGGUUAAAAUGUGAAUCUGAAUAUGUUGAAUCUGAAAAAAUAACAGAAUCUAUUGAAUCAAUAUUUACAAAAGUGUUAUCAUGAUGAUGCUUGUUAAGUUAAAGAGUUAAAGAUGAUUACAAUUAUCGGUGAACAUUGUAUAUUCUCAAAUAUUAGUUUAAAGUUAGCCUUAUCAGGCUGUCCUUUCUCUUCCACUGGUCAGUUUUAACGACAUGAAACCACCAGCAGGGGGUGACCACAGUCAGAGAUGGGUUGUGUGUUAAACUUUGUAGAAACAAACACAUUUACAUUAUGUUCAAGGAUGAGAGCACCACUCACAUCCCUUCAGUUAUAUGGCAACAGAUCGUACUAUUUCUCAAUUGCUAAAACACUGUUUGUGUGGGGUUCACUUGAACAAUUAUGAAUUAAAGAUGUUCCUUACGACGUUGUUUUGUGAAUGACAAAAAAUAAAAUGCCUAGAAAUCAAUCAAAGUGGCGAAAUGGGUUAAUUUUUAUUAGCCUUUUAGAAUGUUUUUCAUCUGCCUUUUACGUUAUUGAUGCAUUCAAGCUUACAUUUGUUGUAAAGCUGCAUUCAUUAGUCAUUAUUAUCUUGUACACAAUUUGUAACAAAUGUAUCUGGAAAAAUAAA